GAGGAGGAGGCAGAAGGGGGGAGGGUGAGACGCGGACGGCACGCAGAGAGGUGCCGGGUCAACGCGCCAGGUAACAACGCCUCAGGACACCCGCUGACGUCCUCGUCGACGUCCUUGCCGUUGUCCUCGUCGCCGAAUCGUGAACGGCGACAAGCCGUUGCAUCUCCACGAACAUGGACAACCCGACACGUUCCACGGAUAACAUGAUGUCCCUGCACGCCGCCUCCUGGAGCUUCGCCCUCCUCGCGGCCACGAUCGCGUUGCUGCCCGCCACGCACAGUGCUCCGUUCGCGCAAGCCGCAGCCGGCGGAGGCAGUAUGCCGGAGGAGAUCGUCAACAUCUCCGCGAUAUUGGACUCGUUCUCCGUCAGUUACGAUAAAAGAGUAAGGCCGAACUACGGAGGUCCUCCUGUCGAGGUGGGCGUCACCAUGUACGUCUUGAGUAUCAGCUCGCUAUCCGAAGUGAAAAUGGACUUCACGCUGGAUUUUUACUUCCGGCAAUUCUGGACGGACCCGCGACUAGCGUUCAAGAAACGAACGGGCGUCGAGACGCUGAGCGUCGGAUCGGAGUUCAUCAAGAACAUCUGGGUGCCCGACACAUUCUUCGUCAACGAGAAGCAGUCGUACUUUCACAUCGCUACCACCAGCAACGAGUUCAUUCGUAUUCAUCACUCGGGAAGCAUCACGCGUAGUAUACGUUUAACGAUCACGGCAUCGUGUCCAAUGAAUCUGCAAUACUUUCCGAUGGACCGACAGCUCUGCCAUAUCGAGAUCGAGAGCUUUGGAUACACAAUGCGCGAUAUUCGGUACAAAUGGAACGCCGGCCUACAGUCGGUCGGCAUCUCGAACGAGGUGGAACUACCGCAGUUUCGCGUGCUCGGUCACAGGCAACGACAUUCAACCAUACACCUAUCUACAGUCGGAUACACGAUGAGGGACAUCCGGUACAAGUGGAACGAGGGCCCGAACAGCGUCGGUGUCAGCAACGAGGUCUCCCUCCCUCAGUUCAAGGUCCUUGGUCAUCGUCAACGAGCCAUGGAGAUUAGUCUAACUACCGGAAAUUAUUCGCGGCUGGCCUGCGAGAUCCAGUUCGUACGGUCGAUGGGCUACUACCUGAUUCAAAUCUACAUACCCUCCGGCUUGAUCGUCAUUAUCUCAUGGGUGAGCUUUUGGCUGAACCGUAACGCGACCCCCGCUCGGGUGGCCCUCGGAGUAACCACUGUGCUCACCAUGACCACCCUCAUGUCGUCGACGAACGCGGCGCUACCCAAGAUCUCGUACGUCAAGUCCAUCGACGUUUACCUGGGGACCUGUUUCGUCAUGGUGUUCGCCUCGUUGCUCGAAUACGCCACGGUGGGCUACAUGGCAAAGAGGAUUCAAAUGAGGAAGAACCGUUUCCAAAAAAUCGCCGAGAGUAUGAAGACGGCGAGAGAGAAUCCAGGACCGCCCGGAGUGCCCGGUGAUCAUGGAGACCACGCGCCUAAGCAAACUUGGUCCCGUGUUGUCCAGGAGGUGCGGUUCAAGGUGCACGACCCGAAGGCACACAGCAAAGGCGGCACGCUAGAGAACACCAUUAACGGGCGAGCUGACGAGGAGGCAGCGCCAGCGCCGCAACAUCUCAUUCAUCCUGGCAAGGAUAUCAGCAAACUUUACGGUAUGACGCCAUCGGACAUCGACAAAUACUCCCGCAUCGUGUUCCCUGUAUGCUUCGUCUGUUUCAACCUGAUGUACUGGAUCAUCUACCUGCACAUCAGCGACGUCGUGGCGGACGAUCUGGUGCUCCUCGAGGAGGCGAAAUAAGCUGAAGAAGGGGACGCGACGGUCGCGCGCGUACAGCGAACGAGACGUGCGGUUAAAAAGACAGAACGCGAAAGUAUUCGAGUCAGGGGUUGGGCCAAGGGGUGAAACCAGUUCGCGAACGGGACUAAGAGGAUUGAUUGAGAAUCAAUGUCCAAACGUUGGACGGACUAAAAUAACGCUGUGAUCACUUCGAGACGAAGGAGGAUAGAUAAACAAAAAACAAACAAACUGUAUAAGUUAAAUCGACGAAUAGGAGGAAGAGGACCGAGAGAGAAGGA